UUUGGCCUCAUUUUAUGAAGACAUUCGAUCUUAGAGAAAGAGAGAAGAACAUUUUUAGUGUGAGAAGCAUGGGAACUGGAAAGUAGCAGAGAGCUUUUCAGACCAGUCUGUUUCUCUUCUUCUGAGAGAUUCUCUAGAAGACAUGAUGCUACACUCAGCUUCAGCUCUCUGCCUAUUACUCAUCACAGUUUCUUCCAACCUUGCCAUUGCAAUAAGAAAGGAAAAGAGGCCUCCUCAGACACUCUCAAGAGGUUGGGGAGAUGACAUCACUUGGGUACAAACUUAUGAAGAAGGUCUCUUUUAUGCUCAAAAAAGUAAGAAGCCAUUAAUGGUUAUUCAUCACCUGGAGGAUUGUCAAUACUCCCAAGGACUAAAAAGAGUAUUUGCCCAAAAUGAAGAAAUACAAGAAAUGGCUCAGAAUAAGUUCAUCAUGCUAAACCUUAUGCAUGAGACCACUGAUAAGAAUUUAUCACCCGAUGGGCAAUAUGUACCCAGAAUCAUGUUUGUAGACCCUUCUUUAACAGUCAGGGCUGAUAUAACUGGAAGAUACUCUAACAGAUUGUAUACAUAUGAGCCUCAGGACUUACCCCUAUUGAUAGACAACAUGAAGAAAGCAUUAAGACUUAUUCAAACAGAGUUAUAAGGGAUGACGGAAAAAUGCCUUCACUUCAAAGAAGUCAAAUUUCAGGGAGAAAACCUCUGGAACACUGACAAAUGCUAAAUGUGCAAGUAUAGAGAUUUUGUAAUAUUACUCUUUAGUUUUUUUAAUGUGUUUGCAAUAGUCUUAUUACAAUAAAUGUUUUUUUUAAAUCUGAGAAUG